UGUUGUACUUUACUGAUGCAUAUUAGAGCUGCUGCAGUAUCUUCAUCCCCUCCCCCCCCCCCACAGGUACGCCUUUAUGAUCCACAGCGGCAGAGGAGACCAAUUCUCAACUUUGAAUGGGAAGAAUCGCCACUUACAUGCAUUAAAUCAGUUCCAUCUAGUAAUAGCCAAGUUUUGGUAGGAACAGCUCAUGGUCGGAUGGGGUUAUUUGAUCUACGAGGGGGUAAGCCUGAAGAUCCACUCUUUGUAUACAAAGGGUUUGCUGGUGCUGUUCGAGAUGCUGUGGUCCAUCCCAAACAUCCACUGGUAUUUUCUGUUUCCCUAGACCGUUUCUUAAGAGUGCACCAUUUAACAUCACGGAAGCUUUUAUAUAAGGAAUACAUGAAAUCCAGAUUGAAUUGCCUAUUGGUGCGGGAAAAUUUGGCAGAUAUUAUGCCGAGCAUUAAAAAAUUGGCAAAACGGAGAAUUGUGACCACAGAGCCAGAACCAAUGAAAGAACAAAAGUUGGAUGUAAAUCCCAAGAUUUCUGAUGAGGAUUGGAAAACCUUGACUGAGUGAAUGCUGUUAUUAUUCAAAUAGAAGGUUUGGAGGUACAGGUACUUGUAUAUCAUAAAAAAAAGUAAUGUUUUAUGAUCCAUACAGUACUGUAAUAAACAUUUAAGAUUCUAUGAAAAUGCUGGAAUUUUUACAUGAAUUAUAUGUAAAUUAAGUAAUUUAUUAAUAAAAGGAAGAUUUCUUUGCUGUAUUUACUCUUCUAAUACAGUAAUCCUUUGAAAGUCCAGGCAAUUUUGGGGGAAACGGGGUCCAGGUUUGCCAAUUCUCCAAGCUUUUACCAUGGGGGGAGGCCACCGUGAACUAAUUAGCCCCCACUCCCCAGUGACUUAAAUUUGUAUUUUAAUGUACAAUAAAUGUCAUGUGUGUUUCCUUUUACAUUUUUCCUUUAUACAGGUGCUCCUCUACUUAAGAACAUUCAACUUACAAACUUUCAGAGAUACAAACAUCAUCACUGAGGGGGUGUUACCUGCCAGAACAGGUGUUUAUGUGGAUGAGACUGGAUUAUU